ACGUAGGGAUUUGUUGUAUUUAUUUAAGUGCAAUGUGCAGUAUCUCUCGAAUGCACAAAUUUGCUCUGUUCUUACAAUUAUAAUUUUUUAUUCUUCUCGAUGCAUUUUUAUAUUAAGAAAAAUUAGCUGAACUAAAAUGUACAUAUAUAUUUAGUAGUGAAAUAUGAUUUGGGUAACUAUUUAGCGUGAGUGUAGAAGAAAACAUGAUACGUGUGUUUGUACAUGCAUUAUAUUACGUCAUACUGUUGCAUGCUACGUGACGUAGUAAAUUGUACUGUCAGACAACCGAAGUGAUUGGAAGCAUUACGCAUCAACGAACACACAAGCAUGCGGUUAGCUCUUUUCUAUCUGUCAUGAAGCACUUUUUUUUUUGUUAAAAAUUCAUGUAAUAUGUGCCGAUAUUAAAAAUUUCCGUUUACGAUAAACACCCGUUUUAUAUAAGAACGAAUGAUACUUUCUAUGAACGGGAUUAUAGCAUUGUAUAUAUAUGAUUAUACAUGUAUUUGAAUUCGUGAAAAAUAUGAACAAGUAUAUUUAUGUUAAAUAACUACAUUUGACGACGCCAUAUCACCGUCGACUAAUAUGCGCAGUAAUUUACCUACGUUGCACUGGUCAUGUAAAUAGAUAAUAUCGCGACUUUUAUGGUGCAUUAAUUAUCUCUAUAUUUAUUUGUCAUCUUUUGAAUUUGGUAAAAAAAAGAGAUAGGAUCACCUGUUCCAAUAAAUUCUUAUACAUAUAUUUGAUACGUCUUUGGUGCUGUUAAGUUUUAAGUUCACAUUAUGAGUGCAAUAUGGGGGAGAAGUGAAACAGAAGAAACUAAUCCAGCAAUUAUGCAGAGUUUAGACAGUUUGUCUAUUUGCAACAGAGAUAUGUACAAUAUGAAUCAUUCUUCAAUUGCUAUUAAUGCAAAUACUUCAAUGGAAGACUUAUCGACGAAGAACAAAACUAAUAAGAUCGAAAGCUUCUUAUUGAUCGAUAAACAAGAAAGAUUAAAAGUUUCUAAUGCUGAACAAUUUAUUAGGAAGUUGAAUUGUAUCAACAAGGAUCAGAAAGUUAAAGUUGUAUCCAUUUUUGGAAAUACAGGUGAUGGAAAAAGUCAUACAUUGAAUCAGACGUUCUUUAAAGGACGAGAAGUUUUCAAAACUUCGAAUGAUCAGACUUCUUGUACAUUUGGUAUUUGGGCAGCAUUUGAUCCAAAUCUUAACGUAAUAUGCCUAGAUACAGAAGGUCUGUUAGGUGUUACUAUUUAUGAAAACGAAAGAAUAAGGCUUCUUCUUAAAGUUUUGGCAAUAUCUGACAUUGUUAUAUAUCGAACACGUUCCGAAAGAUUGAAUAAGGAUUUGUUUAUGUUUUUGUCAACUGCUUCCAAAGCAUAUAGUCAUCAUUUUCGGAUAGCCUUACAAGCAAUGGGACAACGAGCAGGAAUGCCAAGUUCAUUAAAUUCGCUAGGCCCUUGUCUAAUAAUUCUACAGGAAACCAGACACACCAAACCUCUGAGCAACAAUGGUUCAGAAACUGCAGAGGAUAUGUUGAGAACUAAAUUUGGUCAAAUGAGACUCGAAAUAGAAUCAUUUAGUAAAUUGAAAUAUGUUGGACUUCAAACAUUGAACUCGUCUACCGAUUACGAGCCUUUAUACUUGGUUAUAAAAAAUGAACUUGAUAAUACAUCGGUACGAUUUGCAAGACAUCCACAACUUGUAUACAGUACUCUGAGACACUUAAAUGAUAAAUUUUCUGGAGAAACUGGAAAUUUCUCCAAUAUCAUAUUCCCAGACCAAUAUUUUAGUUGCCCGGUAAAAUGUCUCAGUUGUGGUUGUAGAUGUAAUAAUAGUAUGGGUCAUCUUAGAGAUGGAAAACCCCACAGUAAUAACGCUAGGUGCAGAUACCAAAAUCAAUAUGAUAAUUUGAUAUAUAUAUGUAAAAAAUGUUAUAGCAAUGGGAAAGAAGUUAAAGUAACAAGUCGGAUACAAACUCAUAAUGAUAAAAGUUGGUAUGGCUUAGCCGUAUAUGCAUGGUAUGGUUCCAUAAUAGAAUGUCCUCACUGUGGUGAAAUUUAUAGAAGUCGACAAUAUUGGUAUGGAAAUAAGGAUCCGGAAGAAGUUGCUGUUUGUACUGAAAUCACUCAUGUCUGGAUUAUGCCAACAGCUUCUAAUGUACCACAGAAUACAGCUCAGCGUGUAGUUGAUGGUAUGUCUUAUAUAACUGAAGCAGUUACUAAUGUUUCUUUACAACCUACUAAGGCAAUAUCUGCUUGGGUAACGGAUCAAAUAGCACCUUCAUAUUGGCGUCCUAACAAUGAAAUUAAAUGUUGCUAUAAAUGUAAAACACCUUUUGGUGCAACAGAUACAAAACAUCAUUGUCGAGCUUGUGGAGAAGGUUUUUGUGCACAGUGUUCCUCUCAAACGAAAUGUGUGCCCUUCAGAAACUGGUAUACACCUGUACGUGUCUGUGAUGCAUGUUAUACCAGCUCUAAUAACGAAGUCACUCAAUCUGUAGAAGAUGUAAAUGCUAGGAAAGUGACAGAGCAUGUAGUGUCUACCUUAAGUGCAGUUGGAACAGUUUUAAAUUAUUCCAAAUCUUUCAUAAAAGACACUGUUAGACCGUCCUAUUGGGUACCUGAUUCAGAAGUUGUUGGAUGUUGUAUCUGUAAUCAGAAAUUUUCUCCUAUACUUUCUUUACAUCACUGCAGAGAUUGCGGACGUGGCGUAUGUCAAGAAUGUUCGCAACAUCGUAAACCAGUACCUCACAGAGGAUGGGAUAAACCUGUGCGUGUAUGUGAUUCUUGCAUUAAAAUUGAUUAAGUAUAUUUGUUCUUCAUAAAUACAAAGUACAAAAAAAAAUCAGUUUCGAAAAUGUAUGCAGUCAAACCAAAUAAAUUGGUCAGUAAUUAUUUUUCUUA